AUGGACCCGGUGGACCCCCAUACCGAGCCCCGCCCUGAAGCACCUGUACGUGAAGCGACUGUGCAGGCGCCAGUCCGCGCUGAUGAUGCAUCCUGUUCUGCCCCCAGGCCUGCUGUGGCUCUUGACUUACGUGAACAGCCUUCGCCCUGCCAGUGGGUCGUGGACGUGGCUCGUGCGGAGCAUCUUGCCCGUGCCUCUGUCAACAGCCCUUCGCUUGAAGCUGCCCGGCGCAUUCUUUGCCUGCUUCCCUCUGAGGUCCCCGCACGGGGCCAAGCGCAUAGUGCCUCUCACUCCUGGACCUGCGGCAUGUGGACCUGGGGUGCCCGUGCGGGCGUUCGCGGCUUCACGAAACGUUUCCCCGCUGUGACACGUUUCUUUUGUGCUCUACUUCGCCAGCACUUCCCUGGCCACGCAUUCACGAAUGCUGCUGUGUUCACAAACCUGCGCGCGGAACCGCACGUUGACUCCUGCAACGUGCCUGGUUUCCCCAACCUGCUUCUGCCAAUCAGCCUUUUCCGGGACGGCGACGUCUGGCAAGAAUCUCCAGUUGGCCGUGUUCCGCUGGCAGGGCACGAUGCCCUGGGCAUACGGCUCCGCGUCAGUUUGGGGCCCCAGACCUUAGACGCCAGCCGCCUGCAUGCCACACUCCCUUGGAAAGGCGUUCGGUGUUUGCUUGUGGGAUAUUGCCUUCAGGGUUGGGAGCGGCUGUCCGAGAAGGAACGACAGGAGCUCCUUAGUUUGGGUUUCCUUAACCCGGCUGUUGCCAUUGACAAGGUCAAGAGCGUUGGGUGUGCCGCCCCGCCCUGGGUGCUCGAUGUCUCUACGCCAGACGGCCUUGCCCAGCUGCUCCAACUUGUGCAAAACCCGCGCGUCUUGGGGUUGUUCGCCGCUCCGGCUUGUGGCACGUGUUCUCUGGCCCGUGGCAUUCCGUGCUGGGACAGCCAGGGCAAUCCGGUGCCUGUGCCCCGGCCUCUGCGGUCAGACCGUCACCCGGACGGUAUGCCCGACCUCCCCCCCGGUGAUGCUCGCCGUGUGCGCCUUGCAAACGAAAGCUACCUGGCGCUUCGACAGGCCGUGCGCCUGGGUGUGCAGCGUGGCAUCUUGAUUGCUGUGGAGAAUCCGCGGUCAUCCUUGUUUUGGAAGACUUCCUUUUGGCGCGACGUGGCUCCUGCUUUUCGCUAUGUGGAUCACCAGGCGUGCGCCUAUGGUGGCGACCGCCCCAAGUUCACCCGGAUUGCCUACACGCACCCUUCUUUCGAGUCCUUGUGCAAGCUGUGUCCCGGCUGCCCUGCGCAUGCGUCUUGGGGUGUCGACCCCGCGGCCCCCAACGGUUUCGCCACCAGUCGGGAGACCGCCUACCCUCGUCCCUUGGCUCAUGCCAUUGCGCAGUGCUUCGCGAGUGCCCUUCCCACUGUCGAGCCGCCGGGCCUCCAGCUUCCGGCGUUACGCAGCCUGGCUGGACUUCAACCAAAAGCUAGCAAGGUGCCAGCCUUGGUCCCGGAGUACAAGACCACUUGCGUGGUCCGGGGGCCUGCCGCCAGCCUGGUCCCGCCUUGCCAACCCAUGCAACGCCUCGAGCAGGCUUGGCCGGUGCCUGCGGAUUGUCAAUGCAGCUUGAAGGUCAUACCUCCCUAUGCUCAGUUGCUGCGUCUCAGUCCGGUUAAAAUGGGAAAGCAGGAUGAGGAAACUCGUAGGCAUGUUGAAUUGGCGUGGGGCAUUCCGUGGUCGCCAAGUGAAUUCAUUCAGUGUGCUUGCAAAGCUGUCCACCCUGUGGCCCAAGAAGCACAAUUACCCAGCGAACUUCUUCAAGCCGUCGAAGUGAAUUGCAAUGCGACGACAGCGUCGGCCCUUGAAGGGAAGCGCACAGCUUGGUUUGAAAAAUGGUUCAAACGGUGCUUGGAACUCAGGACAGACGAAUGCAAACUCAAGGAUGGCAUGCAUCCCGACGUCCGAGGCAUCCUUGAACCUAAAAACCUUCUUGUCUGGCGCGAAAUCUUAGAUGACCUCAACUACCCUGACAAAACUGUCAUCGAGGAGGUGAUUUCAGGGACCGUGUUGACUGGUGAAGUUCCGAGUACUGGGCUAUUCAACCCUGUUUUCAAACCCGCGGCAAUGUCCGAGGACUUGUUGCGAGACACCGCCGAUGAGGGCAGGUCCACCAAUGAGCCACUCUUGGGUCGUACCCAUGAUUUGAAAGCAGCAUAUCGACAGCUGGCGGUGUCCCAGAGUUCCGCUUGGUGCUCGUACGUUUGCAUCUGGGACCAUGAGCGUGCCGCCCCCGUGUGCUUCAGGCUCAAAGCGUUGCCUUUCGGCGCGUGCAGAAGCGUUUAUUCGUUUCUGCGCGUAGUGCAUAGCAUCUGGUUCAUAGGGACUGUUGGGUUAAGCCUCCCUUGGGUUUGCUAUUUCGAUGACUUCAUCACGAUUUGUUCGGGCAGCCUCGCACACAGCACUGACGCUACCAUCAAGCGCUUAUUCAAGCUCCUGGGCUGGACACUGUCCAGUGACGGAAAGAAGGACUUGCCGUUCAGGAGGUCUUUCGAAGCUCUUGGCAUCGUCGUCGAUUUAGAGGAGAGCGCGAACAAAGUUGUGAAGUUUGCAAACACCCCAUCCAGGGUGAGCGAACUCUGUGGGUCCAUUGGCGACAUACUCGACGCUGGUUCCCUCAAACAGCCUCUGGCCUUGAGGUUGAGGGGACGCAUGCAGUUUGCUGACAGUCAAUUGUUUGGAAGGUCCGCUAGGAUGUGCCUUAGACAAGUCACCAAGCACGCCUAUAGUGAUGUGUCCGAUACCUUGUGUGAGGAUUGCGUUUUCGCUCUGGACAGGUUCAGGAAGAUGCUUCUGGAGCACAAACCCAGAGUCUUGAACGGAUCUUUGCGGGAAAAAUUCGUCAUCUUCACGGACGCCUGCUUCGACCCAGAGGCAUCGGACUGGGCGUGUGGUAUUGGUGGCCUGCUGUUCUCUGACAGAGGUAAACUCCUAGGUGCCUUUUCCGAGCAACUUGAGCGCUGGCAGAUUGAAGCAUUGACCGAGGGCUUUCGUAAGACGGUCAUUUUUGAAGCUGAACUUUUGGCAGUUAUCGUUUCGCAGCUUGUAUGGGGACACGUCAUCAGACAUGCACCUGUGCUGUGGUUCGUUGAUAACAAUGCCUCCCGCGACAUCGCGAUUUCAGGCUGCACGAGGUCUGACAAUGCACAAGCGCUUCUAAAUGUCUUGCUGGAGAGCGAGGAGCAGUUCGAUGUCAAAGCAUGGUACGCCAGGGUUCCUUCUCCGUCUAACCCUGCUGACCAUCCCUCUCGAACAAAGCUGGAGUCCUACGUUCAUGGCAACACUUUGGUUGGUGCAGUUGACGUCCGUCAAACCCUUAAGGCUGUUUUCGAAAACUUCUUAAGGAAAAAGGUAAAAAGGUGA